AGCAAAAGCUACAACAGUUUCUUUUUUUUGGGAAUCAAAAAUCAAAAACAAUUUAAACAAAAUCUCUGCCUCUUUGUGGACCCAUUAUCACCGUAGCCAAGCAUUAGCCCCCACCUCAACACUCAUCCCAUUAUUUUUUCAACCAUUCUCUCUCUCACUUUUCCUCUCUCUUUCUCAUUACCAUUUCCAUCACAAAACAAUUCUUUCUUUCUUUCUAACAUAAACCAGUUUCUGGAAACAGAGUGUUUUUUUGCUUUGUAAAAGUGUUUUCUUUGUUGCUAAAUUGAGGAAAUUUUGGUUUUGGUGAUGAGUUUUUGUUGAGUAAAUUGAUUUUUUUUUUGGUGGGUUACCGGGUUUUGUAUGGUUUUUGGUUUAAAGAUAAUGGGAAAUUGUUGUUGUAGAUGGGAGCCUUCUGUGUACAUAGUUUCAUCCAAUGCAAAAUCAGACGAGAGCCCAAAACCAAGGAAGGAUGACAGUAAGUUGCCAUCAAACCCCAAAGAAGUAGAAGACUUGCGCCGCGAUUCUGCUGCAAAUCCAUUGAUUGCUUUCACAUACGAUGAGCUGAGAAUAAUCACCGGAAACUUCAGGCAAGAUCGCGUUCUGGGUGGAGGAGGCUUCGGAAGCGUUUAUAAAGGGUUCAUUUCUGAGGACUUGAGGGAAGGGCUGCCGUCCAUUCCGGUUGCUGUUAAGGUUCAUGAUGGUGAUAACAGUUAUCAAGGCCAUAGAGAAUGGCUGGCAGAAGUCAUAUUUUUGGGGCAACUUUCUCAUCCAAAUUUGGUUAAAUUGAUUGGUUACUGUUGCGAAGAUGAACAGCGAGUACUAAUAUACGAGUACAUGGCUCGCGGUAGUGUUGAGAACAACCUAUUUUCCAAAGUAUUGCUUCCUCUUUCAUGGUCUAUCAGAAUGAAGAUUGCCUUCGGCGCUGCAAAAGGACUAGCCUUUCUUCAUGGAGCAGCAAAACCUGUCAUUUAUCGCGACUUCAAGACAUCUAACAUUCUGUUAGACACAGACUACAAUGCCAAGCUUUCUGAUUUUGGCCUUGCAAAAGAUGGACCAGAGGGAGACAAAUCUCAUGUUUCGACUCGCAUAAUGGGAACAUAUGGAUAUGCCGCACCCGAGUAUAUAAUGACAGGUCAUUUGACACCGAGAAGUGAUGUAUAUAGUUUUGGAGUUGUUCUUCUCGAGCUUUUGACGGGAAGAAAAUCUCUAGACAAGUCGAGGCCAGCGAGAGAGCAAAACCUAGCGGAUUGGGCUCUACCAUUGCUGAAAGAAAAGAAAAAAUUGCUCAACAUUGUAGAUCCAAGAUUAGAAGGAGAUUAUCCAAUCAAAGGAGUUCACAAGGCAGCAAUGCUAGCAUAUCAUUGCUUGAACCACAAUCCAAAAGCAAGGCCUCUAAUGAGGGAUAUUGUAGAUUCCUUGGAGCCUCUGCAAAUUCCUGAUGAAGUUCCCGCUCAAAAAAUCACAAUUCUAACUGUGAUUAGUGAGGAACCAGUUUAAAAGAAAAGAAGAUCAUUAGUUCACAAUGUAAUUAAUAAUUAACAUAUGGGGGGGUCAUAUCUUUUGUUUUUCGGUUUAUAUAUACUAUAUAUAUGUGCUUCUUCUCUAGAGAUUAGAUGGAGAAUUUUUGUAUCAAAUUGAUUAUUAUGCUUAAA